CCCACAUAUCCCAUAACAUAAACUCCUUAUUUACUAGCUUACUUAUUCCUCAAAUCAAAAAUUAUUCAUUAGUUUUAACUGGAUUUUGAGUGUAGAUUCUGGACUCGAAUUUCUAAUUUAUGUUUUGACAUAAUAAUAUAACAUCAUUACAGUGAAUUUUCGUAUUUAUGUUCCAAAAAAAAAAUACAAUUUGAAUACAAUUGAAGAUUAUAUUGAAAAGUAGUACUUAAUCAUUAUUUUAGUAAGGUCAUUGGUCGUCCGACGUCUCUUAAAUUAAGGAUUUUUAUUGGGUUUUUCACAAAAUGAAACUUACACAGUAUAGCAAUGACAGUCCCCCCUUUAGAAAUUUUAGUUUUUUUAUGGAUCAAAAUUAUAAAAUAUACUAAUGCAAUAGUCAAUACCGUUUACUGUGUACAUAAUGAAUACACUAUUAGAAGAUAUGUUAUAUGUAUCAAUACAAAAUGAAGAUCAACACUCUGUAUUACAAUUUUUAUCACAAGGUGCUAAUCCAAAUAGAAUAACAUGUCAUGGAAGAACAUGCCUGGGAGAAGCAUCACGUAUUGGUAAUAUGAGGGUUGUAAAAAUAUUGAUUGAUGCCUGCAAAUCUACAUCUGUUCAACAUAAAUCACAAAUUUAUUCUAAGAAGAAACAUCGUAAACAAAUGAGAAAGCUUCGGGGUGUAGGCCAUCCAGAUGAAACACUAAUUAAGUGCAAAAAUUUUAAUGAUAAAACAAUUAAAGGUGAAACUUCUAAUGAAAAUGUGCCAUUGUCUCAAGAAAGCCAUCAAUCUGAACAUAAUCAGGGUUAUUUCGUGUUUAAACAUGAUGAAAGUUCCAGCAGUGAUGAGAGUAAAAAGAACAUAAAAUCACCUGUCAGCCCUACUGCUGCUGUUUCAACCUCGCAAGCUGAAUUAGAGUGGGACGAAGAAAUAGUUAAUGUUGCUCCUACUACUAGUGAAGAUGAAAUUUGGUCUUCUCUUUAUAAGUGGUAUGCUGACAUAUUAGAAAGUACAGGUUCAGCUAUUGCUUCUGGUAUAAAAGUUACAUAUGGAAUUGAUCAGCAUGAUGCUUUUAUGUGGACAGCUUUACAUUAUGCUGCUGAGCAAGGUCAUGCUGGUAUUGUUAAAUUAAUAUUAGAUGCAGGUGGUAAAGUAGAUGUAGCUUCUGGUAAUGGACACACACCUUUGCAUAUUGCUGCAAAAGCAGAUCAAAUAGAUAUUGUGUUACAACUUUUGGCAGCGGGUGGUCAUGUUAAUUAUCAAACUCAUGAAAAAAUGACACCUCUACAUUUUGCAGCGGCCAAGGGGUCUGAAGAAUUGGUAAGGAUUUUACUCCGUCAUGGUGCUUACUUCGAUGCACGGGAUGCAAGUGACCGCACACCCUUAUAUUAUGCAGCAGGAAGAGGUCAUUUGGAUGUCGUCAAGUUUUUUAUUGCUAUUGGAGCAAAUGUCAACGGAGGAGAUAUUCACGGUUAUACACCAUUAUGUCAGGCAGUGUGGCAUAGACACCCUAAAGUUGUUGAAAUCCUACUAGCCUUCGGAGCGAGGAUAACACAUUCACACAGACUCUUACACAAUGCAAUUUAUCAUAAUCAGGAAGAGAUUGUCACAAUGCUUGCAAAUAUGGGUGUCGGUAUUAACUUGCACAAUGAAACUGGUGAUACUCCAUUGACACUAUCAGCUAGAUUAUCAAAGCCCGCCAUUGCUCGAAUCCUAUUAGAAAAAGGUGCAAAUCCCAAUUCGUGCAACAGUAUAACCUGGUGUAACGCUCUGCAUACAGCUGUGGAUAACAUUGACUGCUCAAAGGAAUUUGAGGAUAUACUUAUCAGUUUACUGGAUCAUAAUAUUGAUUUAAACUAUGCUGCGCUUAUUGGAGAUACAGCUCUCAGUAGAGCAUUGCUUCGUUCCAAUGAUUGUGCAGCUGCUUUGUUAAUACGUCAUGGUGCUGACGUAAACGCAUGUAACUUGCGUAUAUGUGGCUUAAAUAAUUUGGAGGUAGCUUGUAAAAAAAGAACGAUAAAUCUCGCUAACCUGCUCAUAAAAGCCGGACAUCGCAUUCCUGUCCAUGAACCAUAUACUCCUAUGCCAGACCCAAAUUCUACAUUACAUUUUUUGUAUACCACUUGCCUGGAGCCGCUCAGUUUAUUUGACAUUUGUAGGAUAAGAAUAAGAAAUCGCUGUGGAAAUAUGCCUCUGCAUCGUUAUAUUGACGCUCUUUGUUUACCUAAAAGUUUAAAAAGAUGUCUUAUGUUAGAAGAUGUGGAUUACUUCUGUAGUAUUUAAAUAGUAGACCGAUAUAAACUAUAUUUUAGCUAUGUAUUUACAAAAUACUGACUAAAUCAUACUUGUGUACAUAUUGUAGUAUGAACAUUUUUCAAAUGUAUCUGUGUUACAAUAGAAUAGCUAUCUAUUUGUCUAAAUCUUGAAUAU